CCCUGCGCCGAGCCCCCCGCGGCCUUCCCGGGGCUCCCGCUGCUGAUGCCGCCGCACCUGACGCCGCCCUUCUUCCCGGCCUCCUCGGCCUCCGCCGCCGCCGCCGCCGCCGCCCCCUCGCCCGGCCGCAGCCUGGAGAAGACGCUGGAGGAGGCGGGCAGCUCCGGCCUCCUCUGCCUCAGCGGCAGGAAGCUCCGCGAGUUCUCGGCCGCCGCCGCCUACGACCUCAGCGACACCACGCAGGCCGAUCUUUCCAGGAACAGAUUUACUGAAAUCCCUCCAGAUGUGUGGCAGUUUGCUCCGCUCGAGACCUUGAACCUGUAUCACAACUGCAUCAAAUCUAUCCCCGAAGCCAUUAAAAACCUACAGAUGUUAACAUAUCUCAAUAUCAGCCGAAAUCUCCUAUCUACAUUGCCAAAAUACCUAUUCGAUCUGCCACUGAAGGUUUUGGUUGUCAGCAAUAAUAAGUUGGUGUCUAUUCCUGAAGAAAUUGGGAAGUCGAAAGACUUAAUGGAAUUGGACAUUAGCUGCAAUGAGAUCCAGGUCCUUCCCCAACAGAUAGGAAAAUUGCACUCGUUAAAAGAACUCAAUUUAAGAAGAAAUAAUCUCCACAUGUUACCUGACGAAUUAGGAGACCUUCCUUUGGUCAAGCUGGACUUCUCCUGUAAUAAGGUCACAGAGAUCCCCGUCGGCUUUCGGAAAUUGCGACACUUGCAAGUCAUCGUUCUGGAUAAUAACCCAAUGCAGAUCCCGCCGGCCCAGAUCUGCUUAAAGGGCAAAGUGCACAUUUUUAAGUUCCUCAGUGUCCAAGCAUGCCUGAGAAUGGAUAAGAAGCCGGAUUCCCUGGAUCUGCCUUCCCUGGGGAGAAGGAUCCCUUCUCAGCCGCUCACCGACAGUAUAGAAGACUUUUACCCCAAUAAAAACCACGGCCCAGACUCUGGAAUUGGUAGUGAUAAUGGGGAUAAAAGAUUAUCCACAACGGAACCAUCCGAUGAUGACACGGUCAGCCUCCAUUCUCAGGUGUCGGAAUCGACAAGGGAACAGACGCUCCGAAAUGACAAUCAGUUGCUAGGGAACAAACCCGAGUUGCAUAAAGACCCCGAUGUGUGUGAUUACCUGGAUCCCAGCUCAGAGGAUGUGGCUGCAUGUGACCAAGGAGAUCCCCAGACCGGAUCAUCCGUCUCUUACAUUAAGGAACGAGGCAAGUCAGCUGAGAAGCCACAGAAGAGUGACCCACGUGAAGAUUGGCGAGAGGAGAAGAGCAUUCAGAAAGAAAAGGCCCUGGCAGAAGAAGACGAUGACCUGAAGGAGGUGACCGACCUGAGGAAAAUUGCAGCCCAGCUUUUGCAACAGGAGCAGAAGAACAGACGGAGGCCCUUAAGCUAUAGAGCUUCCUUCAGUGAAAAGCUUUUCCAGAGGACCAGGGUGGCAGGACGCGCCUCAAGGCUUCUGAAUCACUCCACCCCAACAAGCACAAGAAACCGGCCAAAACAGACUGUGGACACAGAAAAAAGCCUUUCUGCAGACGAAGCAAAUUCUCCGUCUUCCCCCUGCAGCUGGCAGUCUCUGGAAAAUCAGAAGGGCCACCCGGAUGGCCCACGUUGGCCAGAUGUGCAGCCGGUCAUCUGGCAGAACGAGGAAAGGCGGCGAAGCAAGCAGAUCAGGAGGGAGUAUUUCAAGUACAAGUCUUCGCGGAAGAGCUCCAGUGGAAAUGAAAACGAUGAGCAAGACAGUGAUCAUGCUAAUGUGUCUCCACAGUCUCCUGUGUCAUCCGAGGAUUAUGACCGGGCAGACGGGAGUCCUCAUGGCCCUUUUGGACUGAAGCCCCGAUCAGCGUUCGGGCGGUCUCGUCAAGACUACAGCACCGUGGACCCCGGCUUCACCAUGAGGAGGAAAAUGGAGCACCUGCGGGAAGAAAGGGAACAGAUUAAACAACUGCGCAGUAACUUGGAGUCGCGGUUGAAGGUCAGCUUGCCCGACGAUAUCGGAGCCGCUCUCAUGGAUGGGGUGGUUCUCUGUCACCUGGCCAACCACAUCAGACCACGCUCUGUGGCCAGCAUUCACGUCCCGUCACCAGCUGUGCCUAAGCUCAGUAUGGCAAAAUGCCGAAGAAAUGUUGAAAAUUUCCUGGACGCUUGCAAAAAACUUGGCGUGGCACAGGAAAGACUCUGCUUGCCCCAUCACAUUUUGGAAGAGAGAGGACUGGUCAAAGUUGGACUCACGGUUCAGGCUCUGCUUGAGAUCCCUUCUUCCAAAGCUUCACAGCUGUCCUGCCUGUAACGGGACCCCUGCGGAAGGAACGGGCCGCCACUGCGCCUGUUGGACCCAUCCCAGGCCUUUCGACUCCGUCCAGGGGAACCUCCCAAGCCAUUGGCCGUCAGGGCUGUCCAGGGCUCCUGGGUUGUAUGUUGGGAACCGGGAUUUCAGCUGACAAUUCCCUGGGAGCGUUUUAAAAAAAAAAAAAUCCUAUUUUCUUGUUUACCACGAGAGCCAUAAGAGAUUUCGAGGCCGUCAGAUUCUCUUCCCAGGUAGAACCUGUCCUGCGUUUGCCCCGCAACCAUCCGUCAAGCCUUCGUUUUUUUUAACGGACUUUUUAAAGGAGCAUUUGACUGCAUCCCAAUUCCUCUUAGAUUUCGCAGCACACCUUUAAGCAGGAAACCAGGCACAGGAGCUUUGAGAAAGGCUGACGGUGGGGCAGCAUAACCCGUUGCAGGCUUUUUGGUGGCAUCUGGGGAGACAUGCAUUUUCCUUUCAUGGACGCGAUGGAGCAAGGCAGCUCUUAAUACGGCAUUUGCAUUAAAUGUUUUGACAGGUAUCAUUUCCAUGUACAUUUGCAAAAUAAUCAGAAAUCACUCUAGCAUAGUAGAAAAUCCGGACGAGCAUCACAGAAACAGUUUGACCAGUUUUGAGAAGAUUUGCAUCCUUCAUUUUUUGCACCACUUACCAAUGUAUCAUUUCCAAUAUUUUAGUUGGGUGUAUGCUGGCGAUGACAGAAUAGUAUACAAUAUAAAGGACAAAUUGUGUGAUUUCCCCCCCUCCCCCCCCAGUAUUCUAGAUUGGUGCCAAAAUAUUUUUCAGUUGUACUGUAGAUUGUUUACCUGUGAAGUGCCUGUGUAAUAACUCUUUUCCUAGUCUUAAAACAUUUUUGCAGUUUCUUUACGUCUCAAUAGAUGCAAUGCGUAUUUUUAAAUAUUAGGUUUUUGUAAGAUUGGUAAUACGUGAAGUUUAAAGGACUAACAUCUGAAUGUUGGAUGUUCUUCAGUUUGCACACUUUGAAUUUAUUAAGUUUGGUUUUUAGGGGAAAAAAUGUAAAUAUGCUUUUAUUUAUCAUAUUUAAUUUGAUAUGUAAUCAUUUUUAAUGUAUUUGUUGGUCGGUGGAUGUUUGAAAAAUUAUUUUCCUUGUCUGGGAUAAAUAAUGACAUGUAGGGUUUUUAAUGGAGAAUCCUACAGAAGAGUGUUAGUUAAAAACUUUCAGUAAAACUGCCAAAAAAAAAAAGGUUUUUUAAAGAAAAAAUAAUAAUCUCAGGUUUAUAUUGUGAUAGCCAGGAUUUCAUAGCUCGCUCCCAACUUCAUACAAUCUUUUGUUGUUGUUGUUGAAUGAGGAACGUCAUGAAGUAGAGGAAAGAUUAAUACCCUUGAUCAAAUCUCUGCCCCCCCCAGCCCCCCUCCACACCGGCCAGUUUAAGGGAUGGAGCAGUUCCGUCUGUGUGUUGUGGCCGCAACCCCUGACUGCCAAGUCCCUCUCUGCCCACCCAACCCACUCCAGUGUUGUUGCCAAGGGUGUGUGUAAGUGGAAAGGAGAUGCAGCCGUGGGGAAUGGGAAAGAGGAAUGGGGGGCGUGUGAGUGGAUGCAUGGCAACUCCAGAGGUGCCAUCUUUGAUGCUCUCUCCCAUUGCCACCUUUCAAGAGAGCAGCCAGUAUUACAAGCUACCCACACACACUCCCUGUGUUCUUUCAGUGUUGCUGUUCCUUUGGGGAGCUGUUUUAGGCCCUGCCUGCUCGAGCCGUUGGGGGCUUGAGAGAAAGAGAGACCCCAACCCCUCCCAAGUUCCAUUCAGAGUCCUCCCCUCCCUUCCCUGCAGAGGACCUCCCCGCCCCAGGGCCCAUUAGAGGGAAGCAUCUCGAAGGGGAUCCGCCCCAUGGCAUUUGGAGAGGCCUAGAAAUAAGCUUUGCAUGGCUCCGUUUCUAAAAUCUGCACUUCCGUUGCUCCCCUUCGAUUAAGCGAUUAAGGUUCAGGUUUUGCCUGUAGACUCCUUUGGUUGGAGUCUAAAUUAUCUUUUCUUGCUGGAAUUACUAAGAAAUAAAAUUCUUUGCACUUUUUUUUUUUUUUUUUUUGCAGCCCAAAGAAUUCCACUGUUAGUUGACGAAGCAUGUUGCGGGAUUGCGGUGACACUCGUAGAGGUACACAGUGAUCUCUCCCCACCACCCCCACCCCCGUGUGAAAAGUGAGGCCCGGCACCACUUUUCCCAUCGUUGCAGGGGUGGUGGGAGCGACCACCUUGAUGAAACGGGAAACAUAUUCAAUAUAGGGAAGCUUUUAAAGAGGUUUUUAAAUUGCAUUCUUAUUUAUUUCCAUUUCAGGAAGAAAAGGCUCAGAAAUGAGUCUUUUUGAGAUAGAAAUCUAUUUGCCAUGGCAAUUUGUGUCCUGUUCCCAAUGAACACAAAUCUUAUCAGUCUAACUCAAUAUAUACCAUAUUUUUCGGAGUGUAAGACGCACCUUUUUCCCCCCUAAAAGAGGGUGAAAGUUUAGGUGCGUCUUAUACACCGAAUGUAGCCCCGCCCACCCACUGGCCCCCCACCCUUUGGCCUCUGCCUCCCAGCAGUUUACCUCCUUGCAGCAAGCAGCAGGAAAAAAAACAGCUCCUUUCAGCUUCAGCACAGCCUAAUUAGCACAAGUUGAUUGGAUGGGCCUCCCGACUCUCAGCUGUUUUGUGCUGGCCUCUGCUGCUUGCUGCAAGGAGGUAAAUUGCUGGGAUCAGGGGAAGGCCAGUGCAGAGGAGCUCAGCCCAAUUUGAAGAGACAAGGUGAAGGGGUGUCAGUCAUAGGUAUGACACCUGCGUGCAGGUGGAUUUUGGAGAGGCAGAAAACGCCUGCUCAGCAACCAUUAGAUCCAAUUCUGGGUUGCCCCCAGUGCCAAUGAUUUCUGGCCUUGUGUUCCUCGAGAUGAUGACAGCCCUGUUGAAACUUAGGCUGCCUUUUUGGAAGCAGAGAGGAGAGCCCAGUUUUUGUUUUUUGGGGGAAAAGGCAACCUUCUCUUGUUUCCGGGUUCUGCAGCUCUUUGUCUUCAGCCUAAACUUCCUUUUCCUGCAGUUGGCCCUUGCUCCUCAGCACACAACCGACUUGUCUUUUACGCAAUAGAUUGUGAGGCCCUAAAAAGGAGGCGGCAGAGGGGUUUGUCUCAGAGGGGCCAUCUUCUCAUUUCUCCACCUUCAGAGCUUCCACCUCGGAAGGUGCGAUUCUUCGCCGAGAGCUUUGGAAAGAGAGCACGAUCGGGAGAAGCCCAUGGAGGCUUUUAAGGACUUGGGGACUUCAAUUCCUGUGCUGGCUGAGGAAUUCUGGGAGUUGAAGUCCCCAAGCCUUAAAGUUGCCAAGGCCGGAGACCCCUGUUCUAACGAACGAAAUGCCAUGGGAUGGGGUCUGCAACAGACGCCUCUGGGAAGUGGCCUUAACUGGGCGUCAGGCUGAAUCCUUCCAGACUGUUCUAAGACUGGGGAGGGGGGUGCCAAGCCAGAAGUGUUUAUGUAAACACUUCUCGACUUUUGCAAAAUGUCCUUGAGGGCCUGACUUUUGGAAUUCUUGACGUCUCCUUCCUCCAUUUGUUCUGCAUUAAAAUGCAAUUGUGAGCUCAUGUUAAAUUAAAAUGCAUGAAAUGAUUUGUUUAUAUUUAGAUCAGCCUUCCCCAGUUGAUUGUUCUCUGUAUAUAUAUCUAUUGGCCGUUCAGUUGCCCUAACCUUCAACCAGGACACAGGCAUGGCUUCAGGGCGCCUUACUGGGAAAAUUUGGUCUUUAGCUAUUUUAUUGGUUUUAUUACCGGUUGGUUUAGACCAGGGGUCUGCAACCUUAAAUACUAAAAGAGCCAUUUGGACCCACAGAAAAGAAAACACCGGGAGCCACAAAACCUGGGUGGGCGUGGCCAACUCAAUGUCACUCACUUCCACCAGUCACAUGACCUCCCCCCUUAGCCACGCCUACCCAGCUGGUCAUUAGGGCAGAGAACCAGUUGUUAAAAAACACUGGGUACCACAAAAUCCUUUUGACAUAUCUCUCUCUCCUUCUCUCUCUGUCUGUCUCUGUCUCUGCCCUGGCCACUUCUCCAUCCCCUUACCUUCUCAAGCCAGGUGAGGGGUGACUGAGAGGGGAGGACAAGGGGUGGGGCCAGCCAGCAGAGGGCCCAAAGAGCCACAUGCGGCUCCAGAGCCGCAGGUUGCUGACCCCUGGUUUAGAUGCUUUUUAAGGUUGCGGAUGCUAGGAUUUUUUAAUCCCUUUGAAAUAAAACAAAAGGAAGGCCUCCAAAUUUAAGAAUAAAAGAUAUGGAAAAAUAGAGGUAAAUGAAAUUUUUAGUUCUCCUUCACUCCCCUUCCAAAGGCAUGGGGUAAAUAAAGCAAAGUCAUAUUGUUCUGUGUGUGUGUGUGUGUUUGUGUGUGUGUGUGUGUGCCAUGUAUUAAUCCCCUUUAUUUUGUUUUUACAUGAAUCUGAUUUUCCUGCCCCCUCCCUUUAUACAUUUUCUCUUCUCACUAUCUGGCCUCCGUACGAUUCUUGUGCAGAGCAUAAUAGCUAGGAAGUCCAGGAGUUUCUAAGUCAUAUCGUUAGUGAAUAAAUGCAAUAAAUAAAUGAUCAGCUCUUAAAAUGGGUUGAUUAUGAAACGGGCACUGCCCUCCACCCCCUCUAGUCCACGUCGCCUAGGCUUCGUUCUCGGGCCGCAACGGAUCCUUCCAUUUCUUUGGAAUUUCGGCAGCAACGCAAACCCAGCCGGAGCGCCAGAGAUGCCCGCCAGCCAAGCCGUGUCGAUGCUCAGUUGUGACGGGGGAGGGGGCGUUUAAGCAGAGAUGUGCAAACUGUUGAAUGAUCUGUGGACCCUCCUUGGACCAAAAAGGGUCCAGGUGAUGAGUUUUGUCUUUGUGGGUGUCUUUUUUAAAAAAAAAAAAAAAAACUACUACUUAAUUAUUAUCCAUUCCUUUUGUAUCUCCUUUCUUUCAUUCCUGAUCGGAGGGUUGCUCUUUUUAUAUGCAUAAAUGCAAAUCAGUUUGGAAGUAGCCAGGAACUCCGUCUUUUCUUCUGUGUCUUGUACCUGUUUGCCAUCCAUGCUUCUUUCCUGUCCUCACCGGUUGCCCUUGUUCCACAACUCCUUUGACUGCUUUCUGGAUUUCUUCUUGCUGGAGCUUCCGACGUCCACGUUUCCUGGAACGGCAGUCCUGUUUUCUUUCCUUUUGUACAGAGUUUUCUAUUGAAAUCUGCAUGGAUAAACCUAAUGUACAUACUCUGUGUAUAAAAUGAAAAGUCUUUCGUAA